AUGAUUACCCAGAUAGCCCCCAUCAGUCAUGACUAUGUCGUUCUCAUCAGCGUCACAUGCAUAUUUACUUCCUUCUCGACUAUUUGUGUCGUCCUUCGUUACUACUCACGUCGUCUAAGCGACGGCUUUGGCUCAGAUGACUGGGCCGCCAUCGGUGCGCUCAUCUUCGCCUUUGGAUUCCUCAUCGCCAAUGUCCUCGCCGCGACAAUCGGGAUGGCUGGCUAUCAGCAGCAUGAGAUUGAUAUGGCACACUUUCAAGCCUACUUAAGGUGCUUAUUGGCCAACAACAUCGUCUACAAUACCUCUAUCACCCUCUCCAAGCUCUCCGUCGUCCUAAUGUACCGCCGCUUGUUUGCUGUCCGAUCCUUCCGGAUCUGGUUAUGGCCAGUCUAUUUUCUUUUGGCGGCGUACUGGCUAUGCUGCUUUUUCGCCGAGCUUUUUGCAUACACACCGGUUCAAGCGCAGUGGAAUCCAUUGAUGCCUAGUACGCAUAUCGAUUUAUUCAAGUUCGGGCUGGCUAUGGCUGGUUACAACAUCGCCAUGGAUGUCCUAAUUUUGACCAUGCCGCAAUUCCGGGUCUGGCGGCUCUGCAUUACGAAACAGAAGAAGGUUCUUCUCUCCGUCGUCUUCCUGCUCGGUGGAUUUACUGUGCGCCUCAUCUAUCUAGUAAGGAUCGAUUACGCUAACCCGACCUAUACGCUAUCUGUUGCAGGUAUCUGGACAGCCGUUGAGGUCAACAUGGCCAUUGUCUGCGCGUGUCUACCGACGCUUCCGCACCUCUUCCGCCACUGGUAUGACGCCAAGCAGCCUAGCCAGAGUAUGAGGUCGACUGGUUCCUUGGUGGGCCGUAAAAUGGUCGCCUGGAUGAAGACCAGCAAGAGCGACAGUAGCGCAGCGUUCUCGGAGUUGGAAAGAGGUUGGGCCUCAGAAUCAUCCACCUCUGGUCUGCGCCCAGAAUCCGGAAAGGAUGACUCCUCGCCAAUGCGCCGAUUUGACCGUUACCAGCUGUCAGACCUCCAGAGCGUGCGUGUACACGAAGAUGCUGGGGUGGACGGAUCGACCAAAGCGAGGUCUUGA